AGGAACGGAACGCAAGCAGCAAAAUUUGACAACUUCAAACCCUCGACUCGUUCAUUUCGUUUACUGCUGCUCAUGCAAGCAAAAGGUUUUUAUCUGGUUCAGCGCUGAUCAAGAGAUUUCUGAUUACCUCGACCAGGACAAUUACAACAAUUUAAAAUGGCCACCGCUGGAAAGGAUGUCGAAAAGCCCGUUGCCGAGGCCGCCACCGUGCACCGAAUCCGCAUUACGUUGACCUCGCGCAAUGUCCGCAGUCUGGAGAAGGUUUGCGCCGAUCUGAUCAGCGGAGCCAAGAAGCAGAAGCUGCGUGUUAAGGGCCCCGUCCGGAUGCCAACCAAGAUCCUGCGUAUCACCACCCGUAAGACCCCUUGCGGUGAGGGUUCCAAGACUUGGGAUCGCUUCCAGAUGCGUCUGCACAAGCGUAUCAUCGAUCUGCACUCGCCAUCGGAGAUCGUGAAGCAGAUCACCUCGAUCAACAUCGAACCCGGUGUAGAAGUCGAGGUCACCAUCGCCGAUCCUUAAGCGGUUCGACCCUACCCCGGUCGAAUGGGUGGGCGUGGAGUGAGAGUCGUGAGCAGAUCAAAAUGCUGACCUAAUCGUCCUCACUUCCCCUGCUAGCA